CCAGUAGUCAAUUGUGGUGUCAGUUGGUGCUGUUGACGUGAUCUAACACCCGCAAAUAUGGCAGACCGCGAGGCAAGAUUCAGCACCGGCGUCGUGGUCGACACGACGCCUAUGCCCGACCACAUACCCAAAGUGAAAGAGAUCGGAGCCACUUCAGCACCUUUAAUGAGCGCAUCAUUCUUUAUUGGCGCUAGAUGUCGACCUUACAACGAUGAUUAUAUGAAGUGCAAGACCGAAUCGUACGGGCGAGGAGAACUGGAUUGUAUGAAGGAAGGCCGGAAAGUGACGAGAUGCGCAGCCAGCGUACUGGACGACAUAAACAAGAACUGCCUCGAGGAAUUUCGAGCACACUGGAGCUGUCUGGAGAACAACAACCACCAAUUAUGGCAGUGUCGGAGACCGGAGCGUGUAAUGAACAGAUGUGUCUUCCAGAAGCUUGGACUUGAGAAGACCAUUCCCGACACCCCGAAGGGUCAAACGCCCAUUCAUCUCAGAGACAAGCAGCUCUUUGCGGACAACAGAACGGUUGUGUAUCCGUGGGAGAAGGAUGUGGGCAUCAGAAAAGAUCAGGCGAACCAGCCAUCAUGACCAGUGGUGAAGCUGUAGAUCGGAUGAUAGUUCUCGCGCUUCAACUCACACUCUCGAACUGUACAUAUUCAGCAUGGGCACAAAUGGAAAGAAAGAUCACAAUUCAGGCUGGUCUGGUUCGUUGCUGGUCUUUUUAUACUUCCAAUAUCGAAGCAGACGGUUGUUGUAUAACCAAGAUUCCAUCUGUUGUCGACCCUAUCCUCAUCUGCGUCUGGAACAGAUCAGCAGCCAAACUUCUGGGCAUUUCUCCUGUCUCCUACCUGGCCUACAAUGGAUCUGGGUCGUUGGAUUGAGGAUAGAGGAGAAAGCCACCCAGCUGGGGGCUUCUCAAACUCCAUGACCACGUAAAGUAGCAGUUUCUUAGCCUGGAGACGCCUUCUGAAAGCAUAGUAGCAAUUCAUCAGUG